AUCCACUCAGGACCCAAUUUUGAGUUCUUCUGUGGCACUUACCACCCUGUCUUUGACUGUGUCCUAGGCUGUUUAUGCUGGUCUCCCCCCCAAAGUCUCCAUUCCUUGAGAAUAGGAAUGAUCUCUGAUGCCUCAAGGAAAGAGGAAAGUAAACCCCACCCUGUAGCACUGCUCUUUCUGGCCUCAAGAGGGACCCUUCAGCCUGCAUGGUGUGUAGUCACAAUGUUUCAGAAGGAAGGGGAUAGAUUCUGUGGUUUCUUAUCCCUUUUCUCUCUAGUCCUACUGUCUGGCUAGACUGGUUUGGAUAUUGCCAUGGUAACCAGCAGUCACAGAAGAUGGAUUAUGACCUACCUCACCAUUAGCCACAGAGAUUUGAGUGCUAAAGACUCUCUCACAUCUCCUGUUUAUGCUCCAGGAGUUGGCAGUGAAUUUUCUCCCCAAUAUCUCCCAUUUUUUUCCCCUUUGGAAGCUUCCGGUGUUGACGGAGACUCUCAUAUUGGUUCUUCAAUCCCAUGGCAUCCUCAUCCCCUAGCAGUGACCCCUCUGACACAGAGGACUGCAAUUCUGAAACCAAAUGCAUGCUGAGCCUCUCUGGGGGCUGUCUCCCCAGUGAAGAGCCCUCGUCCUGUGAGGACAUCAUCCUUCCUGAAGACACGACUCCCAGUGUGUGUUCUUCAGGUGACCUCAUCUCUGCUAUCCAAGGCAGGUGGGGGCCUGAAGGGAACAAGAGAUGGCCCAACCUAUGAAAGCUACUUCAGGAUGACCCACAGCAGAUCUACAACCUAGGUAUCACUGUGCCCUGGGCUGACGACAAUGGCUUUGAAGAAUCAGCUGCUCAUGAAAAUCUACAGAGGCAAAGAUGAAACAAAAUGUACUGAAGGAAAACUGGAUGGUCUUGUGAAACUGCUGAAGACAUUUCAGGGCUUUUACAUGGAUGAUGAAGAAAUCCAAAAGGAAGACAAUGAAAAUCCCCAAAAAAUUCGGAAGAAGAAGAAAGAUGAGGACCAGGAUUGCCUCAAACUUACUCUGGCCAAAGACCUCAGGCUGAGCAGCUGUUCCCCUGCCCAGCUCACUCAUCAGGGACAUGAGGCAUGUCUAGACUCGCCCAUGUGCAAACCAUCAGGAAACACAGAUGUCAUCCCAGUCCCAAAGCUGCCUGUGACACUGAAGGGACAGGAACGUGCCGAGGUGAGCAGAGCUGCCUCCCAGAGAGCAAGGGCCAGGCCCAGUGGGGAGCAGACGGCAGUCGAGGGGAGCAGCAGCCACAAGUCAGGGAUCACAGAGCCCUCCACCUCCUCUGCACACCCAGAGGAUGACGCCCCCAGACCACAGAGAACCUGUUUGCUCAUGGGGCAGGCCUUCCACCGGCUGCUCGAGAGUCCUUUCUAAGAGAUGUAGAAGACAGGAUCCUAAGCAGGACACCAAGAGCCGCCCUCAGCAGGCUCCAAAGAGAAGUUGAUGUCUUAGAGGCAAAUGGAUCCAGCCUGAAGGACCCCUUGAGCAGUUAGGACCACCCCACAUCCCCAUAUUUCCCCCCACUAUGUGCUACCCCAUCAUCCCAAAUACACAUAGUUGAUAUUUCUCAAUAAAGCACAUGUUCUUGUCAUCUGUGUCUGGCUCUUCCAGCAAGUCGUCUUCA